AUGAAGACGGCCAAGCCCCCAGCAGCUGACGGCGCGCCGAGCUUGAGUCGCAGAGCCCAGCCGGUGCGCCAGACGCGAAUCAACCCACCGCGCACCUCGUCGCUCAAUCGCGGCAACUCGUUCCAGAGCGGCCCCGCGCAGGAACAACCUAUCGAUAUCUUCCCAGCCGUUACGCACUUCACAGACGCAAUUUCCGCCCUCCCCAAAGAACUCGUCCGGCAUUUUACGCUACUGAAAGAGGUCGACGCCAAGAUCUUUGCCCCCGAGGCGGCCCUCUUCCAGCUCCUCGACGCUGCCCUCAAAGCUCCCGCCCCCGACGCUGCCCGGUCUCUCAAUGACGCAUCCAGCAGUGUCGCGCCUGGGUCGACGCCCAUGAGUGCACAGAAUAGUAGUUUUGGAGCUGCCGUGACUACUAACACACACACCGCUCCGUCCCACGACGGCUCCACCAGCGCCGCCGCCUUUGAUGACAGCAACAUGCCCCGUCGCCAGCUGUUCAGGCAGACGGCGUACAAAAUACAAGAGAUGCUGGUCUCUCUGGAGGAGAAGAACCAUGUCAUAUCUACGGCCAACGACGCCAUGCACAAGCAACUGGGGCGAAUCGAAGAAAUCUGGCCUCACCUCGAAUCCGAAUUCAGCGAAGAGGCUAAAUGGGGCAGCACUACACAUUGGGCAUACGCAGAAAACAGGCAGGCGAAGACGAACAACGCGCAGGCUGAAAAGUCCAGACGCGAAGGUGCGGCAACUCUCUCGGCCGCAGCCCAGCAACUGGCCGAGGAGGCUGCCGCGCGCAGCAGCGACCGAAAGCAGGCAUUGGCCGCGAAAAAAAACUCCAAAAACAACGCUGCAGAUGCCGAAGCAGAGAACAAGCCUCAGGAGUCGGGCAAAAAGUCUCAAGGGAGCAGCAAGUCGCGCAAGCCCCCCCCCGCCGAGCCAGUAGCGCCUGUUGGUCUCGGGAUCGCGCCUGUUCCCCCCAGCGCCGCUCCGGCUCCAUCCAAAAGACGCAAGGUUGAGAGCGCCAAGGCCAAUGGAGGAGCUCCAAUGGAGCGCGCUAUGAGCACCGUCUUUGGUAGUAACACGUCGAAGCCGAAGACGACAAGCCCUCGAGAAACGCCGGCCCCGGAGACUGCCGGCAAGAAGCGAAAGGCGCUUCCAACGUCGGGAAGCCAGGCAAAGAAGAGCAAGACGAACGCGGCCAUGUCUCCCUCCGUGGUAUCCUCGCCUCUCGUUGGGACCUUUCCGGAGAGCGCAAAGAUCGCCCGGAAUUCACCAGUACCGCCACCUCAGAUCCCGGCGGCACCCGCUCGUCCUGCCUCAUCACGAGCUCGCCAGAGUUCAACUCAGUCUAACAAUGUAGUCGAGAACGCUCGGCAGCGACCUGCGUCUGCUGCCUCAAACAAACCAAACGGGGCCCUCUCAGGAACUCACGAUGUGGUUGCCCAGAGUAAUGGCGCCACAAAAACAAAUACGGACCCAAAAUCGCCGAAGGAGGCCGUCUCUACUGCUCCCUCCACCAAGAUCGAGCCCGUCGAGAAGCCCAAGAUUGAAGUUCCCCCUCCACCUCCACCACUAGAACCUGUACCGAAUGGUGGCAAGGAGGCCAGUACGGCGAAGGCCGUCGAGGAGCGAGAACUAAAGAAGGAGACGACCACGCCGGUAAUACCCCCUCCGGCACCAACAGCAACCGUGAAGACGAAGAGUGGGCGGGCCAGCAAGCCGUCGACGCCUGCGCUUGCAACUUUUGCAGAGGCGGCUUCGGCAGCCAGGUCUCGUCCGUCUCGGAAUAACGCAGUAGAGGGGAACGGUGGCAGCACCACGGCAACGAUGACUGCUGUCCCUACAAAGCGAAGUCACAAAAAAGGAGCUUCGUCCGUGUCUGCUGUGGCUGCUGCGGCUGCUAUGGCAGCUCAACAGCAGGUGGCGGCGGCGGCGGCGGCUCCGGUGACGUCUGUGACUCCGGUGCCGAUCCCGGCUGCAGCCGUGCAAGACGUCGCCAGCAACAACGGCGCCGGUAAUAAUAACACCAGCAGCAUCAUCAACAACAAGAGUCACAAUACUAGCAGCAAUGCCGUUGGCGGCCCCGGCGCCAACGCCAGCACCAACCCUUACACAAACGUAAACAGCAACACCAACAGCAAUAACCAUAACAAGAGCGCCACCGGCGCACAGGACGACGAUGACGACGCCGACGUAGACGAGCUCCGCUACUGCUACUGCAACGGCGUCAGCUAUGGCGAGAUGGUGGCCUGCGACGGCGAAGGGUGUCCGCGCGAGUGGUUCCAUCUUGAGUGCGUGGGGUUGAAGGUGGCGCCCAAACUCAAUGCGAAAUGGUACUGUGAAGACUGCAAACGAAACCUGCGAGGGUCGGAACGCAGGUGA